UGUUAAAACACGUCACAGCUGUCAAGUGCCGGCGACACUGCCAACAAAACAAAUUUGUUUUGAUUUUUUGAUCAGUCAAGGUUCGGCAAAAUCGUGAAAAAUCGCCACGAUGGCUAAAAUCCACUGAACUUUUUUUAAUAAAAUAACCAGUGAACGUUUCGUUAUGGCUUCCACCCCAGAAAAACUAGCAAAAACGAAAUUACCGGCUAAUAAUCAAGAAAAUAGCGCGGGGGACGGGGUUGAACUCCUACACAGGGGAAAAUCACCCAACAUCGGAGAAAUAGCUAUUGAAGCCUCAGAGAUAGUGUCCCGGCUGGGGCAGGCAGUGGAAACAAACCCGAACACCACCUCGAAUGAGUCGGUUAGGAAACCAGCCACAGUAUUUUUAGGUUUAGAAAAGAAACAUUCAGAUGAAAUUAUUCACACAAUUCAAGAUUUGAUAAGCACAGACGAAGAUGGAGAGCCCAUUACCAACAUGCCCCUGGACACCAUCACAAAACUUGUUAUGGUGUCCCAUAGUCUGGCUGCCUAUUGCGGAAGCCUUGAUAGAGGUGUCUUGCAGAAAUUGAGCCUUAGAUUUACUACAGACACAUCUAGAUGGAUCAGUCAAAUGUUUGGAUUUUUUGACUGUUCCGCCUUUUACCAUGAAGAUCAGAUUGAGGGUCUGGUUAGAAUAGCCAGAAUGGCUUUACAUUAUAAAUUUCCAAGAUAUUUGGAAGAUGGAACUUUGGCUUUUGCUUCUUCUUUACCUUUAAUCUACAGUAGUAUUUCUAGUCCAUUGGGAGUGGUGCAAUAUCUUUGUAGGCAGUUAGGAUUGCCUCUUGCAUGUGUAAGGCCUGUGCCAGUAAAUACCCAUUUUGGUUCUCAGUACACCAUGGAUGUAGCAGCGCUUCAAAAAAUGCUAGCGGAUGACUCUGUAACAGGGAAAGUGCCUUUAGUAGUAAUAGCAGACGCAGGGACUCCGGUUACUGGACACGUAGACAAUAUCGUAAGAAUUAAAGAACUGUGCAAGACGCACGAUUGCUGGUUGCAUGUCAGAGGCCAUAAUUUAGCUGCUCUUACUUUGCCUAACCACUCAAGAAACGCACCGGUUACCCCAGUAGCAGAUAGUUUUACUUUGACGAUUGGAAGCUGGCUGGGUAUACCAGGUCUCCCUAAUAUUACCCUGUACAGGCUGUGGGAUCAAACUAAUCCGUUAAGAAGCAAACAAGUUGGUACCUCAAGGGAAAGUACCCUUCCCUUAUUGGCCGGUUUACAUACGGAUCAUCAAAGUAGGCGUAUUAUGACCCUUCCCCUUUGGGCUGCACUCCAAAGCUUAGGGAAGGAAGGAAUAUUGAGCAGAAUUAGGGAAAACUUUUUGGCUAGUGAAAGAUUGUAUGCCGCUUUGGACGUCUUCAGGCACGUUCGAGUUCUGAGUCCUAAACCAGGUGGUGAAAGCGGGGCCUAUACUAUUACCGAAUUAAUAUCCAAGCCUGCCAGUAUAUCGAUGUUAUUAGAGUCGACUGCGUGCUGCGUGGUGUUUCAGUUUAUACCAGAAUUGGCAGAAAAUGAAGUUCUCACCAAAGUGCCUGUUUACUAUGAUAAGUUGAAUUCAUGGUUGGGUCAAGUGCUGCAGUUGGAUGCUCCCCAGAUUCCAAUAGAUAUAUGUGAACUAGAUGAUGUUGGCGUAGUUUUGAGGUUUUGCCCUUUUGAAAAUAUCGCGGGACAACAACCGAGCUUGGAAGAGUUCAAAGCAUUUAUCCAGUGUCUGGAACAGCAACUGGUCAUCCUCCGGGCAACUAUUCACCAUAAGGAAACUUUUAUUAAAAUAGUCGACGCUUCUCCGGUUUUGUUUUUGGUGGAUCUUCCCGAUUGGGCAGGUAUGGGAGGCGUACGAUACUGCCCUGAAGGUUGGGAGCAGCUCCUCACGGAUCAGAUAAAAGAUGAAUUAAACCAUCUUAACGUGUCCUUGGUGGAUGCUCUAAGGUCUACCGACUCGGCUUUUAGUGAGGGCGAAAGCCAGGAUGGAUUUAAGUGUGUGAGAUUCGGCAUGUUGACUCCUCAAAGUGACGUGGAAGAGUUGCUGAAUCUUGUGAUUAGAGUCGGCCAAUCUGUUGAAGAGAAUUCCAGGGUGUUGGACUCGAUGAGUGAGAUUGUUAAGAAAGGUAUUGAAACUGUUACCAAAGACCUCCAAAAGGAAAACGAAGAACGACUGUGGCAAGAGGGCAUCAUCCGUCACGUGCCCAUAGUAGGAAACCUCGUUAAUUGGUGGUCCCCGAAAACAAAAGAAUCAGGAGGCGUGAGGGGGCGUAGUUUGAACCUUACGCAGGGCGUGGUCGAGUCUACUGAGAAUAUUUACAAGUAUCACAUGCAGAUUCAAUCAGGGCAAGUUCCCACUAUGGGAAGCAAGAGCCCGCCGACUCCGCAAGUGCAGACCUCGGUAAGUUCAAGCCACUCAAGGUCGAGUAGCCACGCCUCCGCCUCUAGUCAAACUGUGCGAGUGGAGGCGGAGCUCAAUUCCAGUGGUAACUCGGCAAAAUCGGCCUCCACGACUGAAGAAAAUAAUACCAAUGUUAAAGUUUUAACACAACCUUAAUAUAUCCAGUAUUCCAUUGAA